GGGCCUGGCCCCACCCACUGCCUCUUCACUGUGAGGCCAGGACCUCAGGUGCCAAGGGGACAUUAUUCACCGUGCAGCAAACGUACAUAAGUGCAAGCUUUCAGGUACCCUUAGAAGCUGUAAUACGGGUGAUGGCUUUUCCAAAAUAAAUAAACUGCACUUAGCAGAACUGCUGCUCUCCAGGACGGGGGUGUCGGGUGUGCCAGGUACCUGCUCCCAGGCAGUCAGGGCUGUGUCAACCACAGGGACGUGAGGUAUGCCCCGGCCAGUGCUGGGGUCCUGCCCAUCUCUGUGCAAGCUUUAGCCCUGCCGAACCCCAUCUGUUGCCAAGGUCCACAUUAUCCCCACUUUAGAGGUGAAAAAACUGAGUCACAGAAUCACCUAAGUGGCUGAGUUGGAAACGCAGGUCUGAGGCCAGCCACACACCGUGUAGAGAGAAGAAAAUUUGCCUGGACUGCAGCCAGUGGAGGGGGGCUGCUCACGCCAUGGCAGUGGCCUGGACAGAAGGAGGAUACCUGUCAGGGAGGGUCCUCUCAGACGCUGCCCCAAAGCCAGCACUGAAUAGCAGUGCCCAACACAAGCCACCUCCAAGUCCCCACACCCAGCGGGGACCAGAGCCUGGUGUGCCUGCAAAGGCCAGUGACUGGGGGAACAGCCUGGGAUUCCCCCGAGCCAGACAGUGAGGGCUGCACGUGUGUGCACGUGUGCAUGCAAUGGUGCAGGUGCAGGCCCUGCGCAUGCGUGUAGCGUGUGUGCUGUGCCAUGUGUGCGCGCCCCACAGGGCAGUGGAGACAGGCAAGGACUGGAUCCCUAGACCACGUCCCAUAAAUGUCUGCCGGGCCCCACCGCCAUACCCCAGGGCCAUCGCUAGCCUCCCCCAGCUCCUCUGGGUGCCUGCAGCCUGGUGUCAGUGAGGCCCCCAGCCCCAGACUGGGGGAGACGGGUCCUCAGGCACCCAGAGGCUAAGCGGGAGCUGCUGGCCGGGCCCCCAGGCCCCCGGCACACCCUGGGGCUGACCCGCUUGGUUACGGCAUUUCCUCCCUCGCUUGCAUGCCGCUCCUCGGGCCCAGCUGCGAGCCUGGCCCGCGCAGGCAGGGCCCAGGCCGGUGUGAACACGGCCAGCCACGGGGCCCCGCAGCUUCUAGGCCUUAGACCCUCAAGGUGCACUGUCCCCAGGCAGGCUGAGAGCCCACGGCCUCCCCCUCGGGACCCUCCCCACCCUCGCCACGGGGUGGGAGCGGGCCAUCCGGCCACCCACUGUCCUCCUGGCUGGCCUGCAGGGCUGUGGGACGCACCCCCCCAGGCUGCCCCUGGGCCUGCCAAGGGAGCCACCCCUGCAGUCUCCCACCCCGACUGCCGACAGUGCCUCCCCAGGGCUGGAGGGAGUGUUUCUGUGCCCACUCCCUGGGGCAUUGGCACCUCCAAGCCUGUCUCACAGGCAGCCAGAGAAUCCAGGCCCCUCUGGCAGACGGGUACAGGGUGACCCCUCUCCAGGAAUAGGUGGGUGCCAGGGGCUUGGGCACAGGCAGGUAGCAAGGUCACAGUCAGCGGCUGCCCAAAGCCUGCCUGCCCGGGUCACUGUCAGCCAGAGAGCCUAGUGGUGGCAUCAGGUUGAAUCCAAUGUGAGCACACCUGUGGGGCCCAGGAGAUGGAGGACAUCUCCAGGGCCCCGAGCUGGCAGGUGAGGACAGGCAAGCGCUUUGCUAAACAAAUCCUCUGCCCCUCCACGCCCCGACUCCCCAUAUCUGGCGCCCCGGUCAGUCUGCCCACUUGCCGUCCCUGCUGGAAGCUGCCACCUGCCAUGCCAGGCCUGGCUCUCCUGGGCCUCGCGGCUGUCCUGGGCGUCAGGGCAGGGGCCCCGCUGCUCAGCUGGCCAGGGGACUACGUGCUGGGGGGCUCUGCCCCCCUGGGCUCAGCUGAGGAGCUCUCGUCCCCUGGGCUGCUCUGGGCGCUGGCCACGACGAUGGCCAUGGAGGAGAUCAACAGCGGGUCCACCCUGAUCCCGGGGCUGCGCCUGGGCUACAACUUCUUCAACACGUGCUGGGAGCCCAUGGUCGCCGCGAAGCCCAGCUUGGUGUUCAUGGCCAAGGCCGGCAGCUGCAGCGUCGCCGCCUACUACGAUUAUAUGCAGUACCAGCCCCACGUGCUGGCCGUCAUCGGGUCCCACUCCUUCGAGGUCGCCCUGGUCACCAGCUUCUUCCUCAUGCCGCACGUCAGCUACGGCGCCAGCACGGACUGGCUGAGCAGCCGCGAGACGUUCCCGUCCUUCCUCCACACGGUGCCCAGCGACCACGUGCAGGUGGCGGCCGUGGUGGAGCUGCUGCGGGAGCUGCACUGGAGCUGGGUGGCCGCCGUGGGCAGCAAAGACAAGUACAGCUGGCAGGGCCUGUGCCUCUUCUCUGGCCUGGACGACGCCAAGGGCACUUGAAUCGCGUGCGAGCGCUGGGUGCCGCUGCCCAGAGCCGGCAGCCCGCGGCUGGGCUCCGUGCAGGGCCUGCCACGCCGGGUGAACCAGAGCAGCGUGCAGGUGGAGGUGUUCUCUGCCUGCACUGCCCGCACCCUCUUCAGCUACAGCAUCUGCUACAGGCUCUCGCCCAAGAUGUGGGUGGCCAGCGAGGCCUGGCUGCCCUCAAACCUGGUCAUGACGCUGCCCAGCAUGGACCGGGUGGGUACCGUGCUCGGCGUCCCGCGUCAGGGCGCCCAGAUGCCCGAGUUCCCGUCCUACGUGCAGACGUGCCUGGCCCUGGCCGCGGACCCCGCCUACUGCGCCUCGCUGGACGCAGGGCAGCCAGGCCUGGAGGAGCACGUGGUGGGGCCGCGCUGCCCUCAGUGUGACUGCAUCACCCUGGAGAACGUGACUGACGGGCUGCUGCACCGCCAGACCUUCGCCUUCGCAGCUGUGUACAGCGUGGCCCAGGCGCUCCACAACACGCUGCUCUGCGACACCUCGGGCUGCCCUGUGCGGGAGCCCGUGCGGCCCUGGCAGCACCCGGAGAACACGCACAACCUGAGCCUGCGGUUUGACACCAACGGGAACGUGGACGUGAAUCAUGACCAGAAGCUGUGGGUACGGUGGGACCGGACGCCCACACUGCGUACCGUGGGCACCUUCAAUGGCAGCCUGCAGCUCUGGCACUCCCAGGUGAGGUGGCACACGCAGGGAAACCAGCCCGUGCCCCAGUGCUCACGGCAGUGCAAGGAGGGCCAGGUGCACCGCGUUAAGGGCUUCCACUCCUGCUGUUACGACGGUACCGACUGCAAAGCAGGCAGCUACCAGCGCAACCCAGGUGAGCCCUCUGAGGGGCCUUCCCACACUCACCGGUGCCUCCCCCGCCGGCCCAAGUUCCUGGGGCUGCUUCUGCUCUGCCCGGCUCUGGGCCUGGUGCUGGCAGCCCUGGGACUCUUCAUCUGGCGCCGGCACAGCCCUGGUUCGGGCCUCGGGUGGGGGGCCACAGGCCUGCUCUGCCUGGGCCUUGUCUGCCUCAGCGUCCUCCUGUUUCCCAGCCGGCCCAGCCCUGCCAGCUGCCUGGCCCAGCCGCCGCUGCACCACCUCCUGCUCACCGGCUGCUGGAGCACACCCUUCCUGCAGGCGGCUGAGAUCUUCGUGGGGUCAGAGCUGCAGCCGAGCUAGGCAGACCGGCUCUGCAGCCGCCUGUGGGGUGCUGGCUGGUACUUCCCGCCGGAGGUGCCGACAGGCUGGCAAGUGCCGUCCACGGAGGCACUGGUGCACUGCCACGUGCGCUCCUGGGUCAGCUUCGGCCUGGUGAACGCCACGCUGGCUUUCCUCUGCUUCCUGGGCACCUUCCCGGUAAAGAGCCGGCCCGGGGGCUACAACGGUGCCCGCGGCCUGACCUCUGCCAUGCUGGCCUACUUCAUCACCUGGGUCUCCUUCGUCCCCCUUGCCGACGUGCACACGGUCUCCCAGCCUGCCGUGCAGGUGGGCGCCAUCCUCUUCUGUGUGCUGGGCAUCCUGGGCACCUCCCACCUGCCUAAGUGCUACCUGCUGCUGUGGCGGCCGGACCUCAACACCCCUGAGUUCUUCCUGGGAGGGGGUCCUGGCGAUGCCAGAGGGCGAGGCAGCAGUGGGGGCGGGGAGGAGACUCAGGGAGAAAACAAGCGACCCCUGACCCAGUGACCUCACCCCAGUGAACUCAUACCUAGUCAAGGUGCCCCCAGACCAAGUCCCUAUGCAGCAACCUAGACUGUGCCCCAACUCCGCUGUGACUCCCCAGCCCUACAUUCUGCUGACCUUGACCCCACAGUGACCUCCAGAGUGCAUAAGGGGCCUCAGCUCCGUGGGAUCUCAACCCCUGGGGCCCCAGAGGCAGGCUCUGUCCCUGCCCCAGCCAAGCCCUGGCCUGCACAGGUGACCCAGCGCCACUGUUCCAGACAGAGGCCCAUGGAGGCUUCCUCGGGGCCCCCCGUAGCCCAGGCUGAGCGCACAGGAAAGCCCCCAGCCAAACCAUGUGAAGGCAAAGCUGGAUACCACUUGCCUGGCUGGGCCCAGCCUGGGCCCCCCCCCAGCAUCCUGUCCAAGCAUCGUAGGAGUGGGAGGUUGGUGGGUGGGUGGGGCUUUCUUGACUCCUCUGCAGGGGUGUGUGCCUGACUGUGGGCCCCAGUGCAGGGCAGAGACCCGCUCAGGAAGGAGGGGGCACCCAGCUUCCUUCUCUCCCUGGCCAGCGAGCCAGUAGAAUGUGGCCAGUCCCCUCCAGCACCGCGGACAGAGCCCGGCCAGGGUCGGGGGUCAGCACCAAGGCCAGCAGCAGCCGCAAGGACGACCCACCCCACCCCACCCUCCACCCCCCGCACCCCCCACCGGAGCCAGGAGCCAGCACCACAGACAGAAGACCGCCCGCCAGGACUGCUGCGGCCAGGGCCUUGUCCCUGGGUCCUGGGUCAGCUCUCGGACGGACCCUGGGGAAGCUGACCCGGCCCCUGCACCCCAAUCUCCUAAAGUGGUUAAAAAGAGACACAGAUCACACGUCGGUCCCAUAAAAUUAAAUGCUUUUUAGUGUUUAAAAUAGCAUUUACACAGAAGCAGCUCUAUUAACUACCUGGACGACGCUCCAGCUCCGCACAGUAUCUACAGUGCAGACGUGUGCAGGCCAGCGACGCUGGACGGAGGGAGCAGCGUGCGUGCGUGCGUGCGUGCGUGCGUGCGCGGCCACCCCAGGACCGCGGGGAGGGGCGAACUGGCCACGCCCUCUGCCCCAGACCCCGCCCCGGCAGCAGCUGUGUGCAUCUGUGGCCCUUGCCCUCAGUGUCACCUUCCCUCUCCUGCCAUCUCCCCCUCACCGUCCUCCCGCACACCUUCAGACACACCGUGUGUCCCUGCGGGGUGGGGGUGAACACAUGAAACUCUGCUCCAGUGGCUGGGAGUGGGGGACAGCUGACUUGGCCGCCACCCCGUGGAGCACACAGGCCAGGCAAUAAAUAAA